CUACCAUCCUCCCAUUCAGUCCGGGUAAUAUCAAAACUUUUUACUCGUGCUGCUCCCACGCCUAGAACUUUCGGUUGGCUAAAGAUGUUACAUUCGUCCAAGCAGGAGGUAAAAAUAACCUUUUGGUCGCGUGAUCUUACAACUGUCCGUGUCUGGGCAGACCAGAAGCCCUUCCCAUUUGUCUUUAGGAACCGUAGCGAAGUUACAUCGAGAAAAAAAUGAUCGGUAACGAAAGGAGCUUUUCGUCCAUUUACGAGAAAGAACAUGGCCUAGACUGUGGACUGAUGAAUCAGGGACCCUGGCACUGGUGUGAGGGGAGGGGGGAUACAAAUAGAGUGGACUUGGACCUCCAACCAUUCGCUUCGCAAGGUUCGUCUUUCACCUUGGAACCUAUCCUCUGACCGGCAAAGAUCAAAUCACCACAAUGCACUCCAUCCUCGUCCUCGCCACUCUUCCCUUGGCUGCCUUGGCCGCUCUCAACGGCAGGUGCACAGGCAGCGCGGCCACUGGCAAGUGGGGAGAGUCUGGCAUUUGCGUCAGGACAUCGACUUGCAACUCGUAUGGCGGCUCAUACAAGACUGGUGCCUGUCCCAACGACCCCUCCGACGUCAAGUGCUGCUUGGUCGGUAUCACUCCUAACGCUGCCACACAACCCUGUGGUGCCGACUCGUGGUGCACCUGGACGUCGAACGGUUGCUUGGGUAGAUGGAUAUCUGAACGUUGCCCUGGUGGAUCAAAUUACAAGUGCUGCAAUAUUUAG